AUGGCGACGACAUUGAAUCGAUUGAUGAAGCAGAAAUGUAGAUCAGUCUCUGCUCUCUCGUAUCGAAACCAGAACCAAGGGCUCUUCAAUCUCAACUACGAGAAUCAUGAGUCUCUCCCUUCGCAAAUGCCAGCUCUCCGAUCAACCACCCGCUCGUUCCUCGAUUUUUAUCAGUUCGGGAACAAGAAAGCAAUUGCCGAUGAACGUGCUAGACUUAAUGAUGAGAUGAAUCGGGGAUACUUUGCUGAUAUGAAAGAGUUCAAGGAACAUGGCGGCAAGAUAGCAGCUGCAAGUAAGACUAUAAUUCCUGCUAUGUCAGCCAUGAAAUUUCCGGAAUUAGCAGUGACUUUCUCUAAUGGAAAAGUCAUGAAGUUGCCUAUUACUUCCAGCGGCAAUGAGGUCAACACAGAGGGUUUGGCUGUUCCCAAAGUAUCAUUGGUGUGUCUGUCUUUCCGAGCAAGCUCUCAGGAAAUGAUCGGCUCGUGGAGCAAACCAUUUCUUGAAUCGUUUGGCGACAGGAAAGAUCUUCAGUUGUUUGAGGUUUCAUUUAUAGACAAAUGGCUGCUGGGCUUGGCACCAGUAAAAAAACUACUUCUCCGGGUCUUGCAAAAACCGAACAACAGCGAGAACAGUGUCCUCCAGAGACAAAUUGCGUACUCAUUUGGGGACCAUUAUCACUUUCGAAAGGAAAUGAAAGUUCUGAAUCUUCUCACCGGGUACAUUCUCUUACUCGACAAGUUUGGAAGAAUAAGAUGGCAAGGUUUUGGAGCAGCAACUCCAGAGGAAGUAUCUCAACUUCUAUCUUCCACCUCACUUCUCUUGGAAGAACAAUGA